CUCCGCUGGUCGCAGUUUCUCAGUCUCAGUUCUUUCCAAUUGCCGAUUUGCCGAUUUUCCGACUCUCCGAUCCGGCAUUCUCCGUUCGCAUCUGGUGCGAGUACAACGAACAGCAGCUGCUGCUGCCGGUGGUGCUUCAUUCCUCAUUCGACUAUUGUUGGCCGCGCGAAAAACAUGAAAUUGAAAAUCAAUCUGACGCUUCUCUGCGCGACACUCGUCGGUCUCCUGUCCAUCAUCCUAUUGACACAGACCGCGGAAGUCGAGGCCUUUGGAGGCAGCAGUUCAGGCAAUGGGGCAGUGGUGUCAUGCAAAGAGCUGAACAAUGUCAACUGCUACGUGGGCCGGAAUGAGGGGAACUUCUGCAGCAGCAAGGACAAGACCAAGGCCGUAACUCGUUGGUACUUCGACAAGGGCAUCUGCAAGCCCUUCAACUACAAAGGAUGCAAUGGCAAUCGGAAUCGCUUCUGCACACAGGAGAGCUGCGACUCGCGAUGCGGGGAUUGAUUGGCAUUAGCGGAUAUACAAAUGCAUCCGUACUUAGUCGAUAAGUUUGUACGCGUAUGUUUAGGCUAAGAGCAAAUCGUACACUCUACAAAAUAACACGUCAUUUACUUAUGAAUUCAUUGGUUCCGAUAAUUAGCUCAUUAAAAAAUGUUUAAUUUAAAUUAUUUUUAUUUGUAGAGAUUGUAUUUUCUUUUUUAAGAUUUUUUUGAAUUUGAUUGCUCACAUUUUCC